AUGUCUGAAUAUUGGUUGAUAUCAGCACCAGGCGACAAAACAUGUCAACAGACAUGGGAAACGAUGAAUAAUGUGACUAGCAAGCAAAAUAAUCUAUGCGAAAACUUCAAAUUUCAUAUUCCCGAUCUUAAAGUUGGUACUUUAGAUCAGCUUGUUGGCUUGUCUGAUGAUUUGGGCAAAUUGGAUUCAUUUGUUGAGACAAUUACUCGUAAAGUAGCUGCUUACUUAGGUGAUGUCCUCGAAGAUCAGCGUGAUAAAUUGAUGGAGAAUUUAUUGGCAAACAACACCGACUUGUCUCAGUAUAUUACUCGAUUCCAGUGGGAUAUGGCCAAAUAUCCAAUUAAGCAGUCAUUAAGAAACAUCGCUGACAUCAUUUCCAAACAAGUCGGACAAAUUGAUGCUGAUUUGAAGACUAAAUCAGCUGCUUAUAACAGCUUAAAGGGAAAUUUGCAGAAUUUGGAGAAGAAACAAACUGGAAGUUUAUUGACUAGAAAUUUGGCAGAUUUAGUUAAGAAGGAACAUUUCAUCCUUGACUCUGAAUAUUUGACGACAUUGCUUGUUAUCGUCCCAAAAAUGCUCUUCAAUGAAUGGAAUGCUGGCUAUGAAAAAUUAACUGAUAUGAUUGUCCCACGAUCAUCGCAACUUAUUACACAAGAUCAAGACUUUGGCUUGUUCAACGUAACACUUUUCAAGAAAGUUGUCGAUGAGUUCAAGCUUCAUGCACGCGAGAAGAAGUUCGUUGUACGUGACUUUACAUACAAUGAGGAAGAAUUGGCGGCUGGUAAAAAUGAAAUUACCAAAUUGGUAACCGAUAAGAAGAAGCAAUUUGGUCCACUCGUAAGAUGGCUUAAAGUAAACUUCAGUGAAUGUUAUUGUGCAUGGAUACACGUUAAGGCUCUUCGCGUGUUUGUUGAAUCCGUACUUAGAUACGGCUUACCCGUAAAUUUCCAAGCUAUCCUCAUUCAUCCAAACAAAAAGAAUCAGAAGCGUCUUCGCGAUGUACUAAAUCAGCUCUAUGGUCACCUUGAUGGUUCCGCAGCAGGGUCAUCAAACAUUGGUGCUGAUAAUGUGGAUAUUCCUGGUUUAGGAUUCGGUCAAUCAGAAUACUUUCCAUAUGUAUUUUAUAAAUUGGGUAUUGACAUGGUGGAACAGAAGAUUUAA